CGGCCUGCGGGAGCCGCGCGCUCCCCGGCGCGGCCUGCUCGCGCGCGCCCGCCCUCGCCGAAGCCCUGCGCGGUCCGCGACCCGCCGGACCCCCGGCCGGACCCCGCCGCCCGCGCAAGAUGUCGGCGCGGACGCCAUUGCCCACGGUGAACGAGCGGGACACGGAGAACCAUACAUCUGUGGAUGGAUAUACCGAAACACAUGUUCCUCCUACCAAAUCAAGUAGCAGACAGAACAUUCCCCGGUGUAGAAACUCCAUUACGUCAGCAACAGAUGAACAGCCUCACGUCGGAAAUUACCGCUUACAGAAAACAAUAGGGAAAGGAAAUUUUGCCAAAGUGAAAUUGGCAAGACAUGUUCUAACAGGUAGAGAGGUAGCUGUGAAAAUAAUAGACAAAACUCAGCUAAACCCUACCAGUCUACAAAAGUUAUUCCGGGAAGUACGGAUAAUGAAGAUACUGAAUCAUCCUAACAUAGUGAAACUGUUUGAAGUUAUUGAAACAGAGAAGACGCUCUACUUAGUCAUGGAAUACGCAAGUGGGGGUGAAGUCUUUGAUUACUUAGUUGCCCACGGAAGAAUGAAAGAGAAAGAGGCCCGUGCCAAAUUCAGGCAGAUUGUAUCUGCUGUACAGUAUUGUCAUCAAAAAUGCAUUGUUCACCGUGAUCUUAAGGCUGAAAACCUUCUCCUUGAUGCUGAUAUGAAUAUUAAAAUUGCUGACUUUGGUUUUAGCAAUGAAUUCACAGUGGGGAACAAAUUGGACACAUUCUGUGGAAGCCCGCCCUAUGCUGCCCCCGAGCUUUUCCAAGGCAAGAAGUACGAUGGGCCGGAAGUGGAUGUGUGGAGUCUGGGCGUCAUUCUCUACACGCUGGUCAGUGGCUCCCUGCCUUUUGACGGCCAGAAUCUAAAGGAACUUCGAGAGCGAGUCCUUCGAGGGAAGUACCGCAUUCCCUUCUACAUGUCCACGGACUGUGAGAAUCUCCUCAAGAAACUGUUAGUGCUGAAUCCCAUAAAGAGGGGCAGCCUGGAGCAAAUAAUGAAGGACCGAUGGAUGAACGUUGGACAUGAGGAAGAAGAGCUAAAACCAUAUUCUGAGCCUGAGCUUGAUCUCAGUGAUGCAAAAAGAAUAGACAUUAUGGUCACCAUGGGUUUUGCACGAGAUGAAAUCAAUGAUGCCUUAGUAAGUCAGAAAUAUGAUGAAGUUAUGGCUACUUACAUUCUUCUGGGUAGAAAACCACCUGAGUUUGAAGGUGGUGAGUCACUGUCCAGUGGAAACUUGUGUCAGCGAUCCCGGCCGAGCAGUGACCUGAACAACAGCACCCUUCAAUCACCUGCUCACCUGAAGGUCCAGAGAAGCAUCUCAGCCAACCAGAAGCAGAGGCGCUUCAGUGACCAUGCUGGUCCCUCCAUCCCCCCUGCUGUCUCAUACACCAAAAGGCCACAGGCCAACAGUGUGGAGAGUGAGCAGAAGGAGGAGUGGGACAAAGACACAGCCCGCAGACUUGGCAGCACCACGGUGGGCUCAAAGAGCGAAGUCACAGCCAGCCCCUUGGUGGGGCCGGACAGGAAAAAGACCUCAGCUAGCCCAAGUAACAAUGUAUAUUCUGGCGGUAGCAUGGCGAGGAGGAAUACGUAUGUGUGUGAAAGGGGCACAGACCGGUAUGCAGCUUUGCAGAAUGGAAGAGACAGCAGCCUUACAGAAAUGUCUGCCAGCAGCAUGUCCUCAGCAGGCUCCACCGUGGCUUCUGCUGGCCCCUCAGCACGUCCCCGCCACCAGAAGUCUAUGUCAACCUCUGGCCACCCUAUUAAAGUUACACUGCCAACCAUUAAAGAUGGCUCUGAAGCUUAUCGGCCUGGCAGUGCAACUCAGAGAGCACCUGCUGCCUCCCCAUCUGCUCACAGCAUCAGUGCCAGCACCCCUGACAGGACCCGCUUCCCCCGAGGGAGCUCCAGCCGAAGCACUUUCCACGGGGAGCAGCUCCGGGAGCGGCGCAGUGCAGCUUAUAACGGCCCACCUGCCUCCCCUUCCCACGAACCCGGUGCAUUUGCCCAUGCCAGGAGGGGAACGUCAACGGGGAUAAUCAGCAAGAUCACCUCCAAGUUUGUCCGCAGGGAUCCAAGUGAAGGCGAAGCCAGCGGCAGAACUGACACAGCCAGGGGUCCAUCAGGAGAGCCGAAAGAGAGAGACAAGGAAGAGGGUAAGGAGGCCAAGCCGCGGUCUCUGCGGUUCACGUGGAGCAUGAAGACCACGAGUUCAAUGGACCCCAAUGACAUGGUGAGAGAAAUCCGAAAAGUGCUGGAUGCCAACACCUGUGACUAUGAACAGAAAGAGAGGUUCCUGCUCUUCUGUGUUCACGGAGACGCAAGGCAGGACAGCCUCGUACAGUGGGAGAUGGAAGUCUGCAAGCUGCCUCGGCUCUCGCUCAAUGGGGUCCGCUUCAAGCGAAUAUCUGGGACAUCUAUCGCCUUUAAGAACAUUGCAUCCAAAAUAGCCAAUGAGCUCAAGCUGUGACGUGUGUGCGGCUCAGCUCCGAAUGCACUGCUGUCGCCCAGUGUGGUCCAGCUGUGAACCUCCCAUGUUGUGUGCCCGGGGUCGGGAGACGCACCGCAUCUGCGGCUCAGCUCCGAAUGCACUGCUGACGCCCAGUGUGGCCCAGCUGUGAACCUCCCAUGUAGACAUUGUCCUUCAUGCAAUAAGGUUAUACAUAGUCAUGAGCUGUAAAAUUCAAGUCAGUAUGAGCUAUAAUAAGAAUCGUAGCUUCAAACGUAGGUUCACAUGUACAGGUAAGUAUACUGUGUAUUUCUGUUCAUUUUCUGUUCAUAGCUGUAUAAUAAAAUAUGAUUGCUUUAAACCUGUAUAGUUGUCUAGAUCACCACACACAACUGUACGUCUAAUGCUUUGGGUUGAAAAGGAUUUCCCUGUUAUUUACGUUCUGGUGUGUUUUUAAAAUUCUUACCUCUAUCAUGCUGUUUUGAAAAUUGUGUCCAGGAUUAAAAGCGCACAGAAAUAGUCUUUAAAAUUGUAGCAUGAACUUUAUAAAAAUUAUUUUAAAAUCAUAUUUAAUUUAAACCAGAAGUUGACAGUGGGUUGGUGUCCCCCAGAUCCCUCUGCUUUCUCAGUCUCUGCCUGGGUCAGACAAGGUGUGGUUAGGACUUACAGGAUGUCUAUGGUGUGGUACCCAGACUCUCUGUACAAAGCAAAAACAAGCCACUGCUCUGCUUUGAGCUAACUCAGAAGCACCACAGGGAAGAGUCCAGUCUUUGCCAAGCUUAUUUGAUCCUCUGGUUUGGGUUCUGCUAAUUAGCAGCAGAGAUUAAAAGAAUCCAUAGCUCACCUGGCUGUUGUGAAACAAACCAGCAUUUGGGUUUGCUGCCUUCAGAACAUGCAGGGUAACUGCAGAAACAGGAGCGUGUCAGGACGUGUCAUAGCACAAACUCAUCUGUACAGUGUCAAUGAUUGCGUUGGCUAAGAUACGAUGCCGCCUCAGGAAUUGACCCGCAUCGGGAGCAUCUGCCCCAGUGUCCUCUCAACCUCCACCCUCCCCCAUCACUGUAGUAUCUGUCAGUACUGGAGAGGCCCGUGAGCAGGGCGUGCUCUCCAUGCCUGUUCAUUAUGGGCAUAUGCUUGCCUGGUGGUUCACUCUGCUCCCUCACAACUCCUUUGUUUUCAAUAUUUUGCCCAAGUUCUCAUGUUUCUUUCGCAUCAUUAUUCCUGUCAUGUGGAGCUUUGUAACUAACUGGUCAUUUGCCUUCUUUCAUAAUUAGUGACGUAUGCAACGUAAAGCCACUAGUAAAGGCACAUCUUUUUAAUGCUCAUUAUUUUCUACUGAAUAGCCUUGGAGGUUGACUGUGCAAUGUUACUCAAUGUUGUAAUUACUGUAAUAUCAGCAUAUGGGCCCCAUCUGCACAUUCCUGAGAAGUAGAGAAUGUACUCAAAAGUUGUCAGUUGGAAGAACAGUAGAGCUGUGGCCAGUGCCUGUCAUUGGAAACUGCACUGGGAAGCUGCCAGUGUAGGUGAUACGCUGGUCCACAGUGGCCUCCAGACAAAGAUGCUCUUAUCUUUUGUACUGUACUCUGAUGUAGCUUUCUCCUGUAACAUUCUGUUCCAAAUGGUGUGUUUUCUUGCCUUAGGGAAGGGUGGUAUUGGGGGGGGGGGGAAGCAACAAAGCAAAACUGUGUAGCCCCUUUUUAACCUGGUGUUCAUUCCAAACAUCAAUGCAGAUCCGCAUUCACUCACUGGUGCACACUGAAACCUUACUUGAACAGAUCUCAUAAUAAAGCAUUUGUCUUUUGCUCUUU